AUGUCGGAUAACGUUGACACUUUUGACUUUGAAGCCUGGUUGCGAAACGAAGCUGACGGUUCUGACUUUUUUCUGAACCACAGCGAUCCUAAUCUAGACUUCCUGUCCGAAUUUUUUCCCGAUCCUAAUGCGCCGACAGCAGGACCUGCUUACGCGGAUCCCGACACGCCGAUCGAACCGGAGUUUUGCCCACGCUUUGAGUCCCUGUCACCACCCGCUUCGGAACCGCCGGCCAUCCAUGUCCAUCUCCCAGAAUUGCCUGGCGUGAAUGACCUGCCUCCCGAUUUCCUCCCACAACCGCUCACCGACGAUGAGCAAGCGGCACUGCUGGAGUUUCUCCAACCAGGACCUGUCUCGCGACCCAUCGGUUUCGUCAACCUAGAGGUCGCCACCUUGGUCCGUGCCGGCACCCUGACCGUCAAGCUGAUUUUGGAGAACCAGAUACCGCAGUACGGCACGGUGGUUGCGCACCGUGGACGGAAGGGACCACGCUGCGACAUGGCCAUGAGCGAGCUGCGGGCGCUCUUGCGUUUCCUGCUGUCGACGGAAUGUGAUGCCAUGAAUCGUCACAACACUUCGCCCAACGUCAAGAAGUGUCAGCUCGUGGACCAGCAAUACCGCCGGGAGUUUUCGCCAUCCUUGCAUGCCGCAUGGGUGCGUCAGGAAGCGGACUGCAAACGCCUGCUGCGUGUUUGCCGCGUAGGGGAGGCCAACAUCAGCGUUUCGACCACCAGGAUCAGCAUGGACGCUGUCCGAAAAUUGCGAAAAAUGGACUUGUAUCCAGUGCUGUUGCAGCUCUUCCCGGGAUAUUCCCAAGGGACACGAGAUUUGCCUGUCGGAUUCUGGAACGAUUAUCGCUCGUACCUGGUCAUGGAGUGCGUCCAUCUGGCCAAGGUGAAGGAUAUCUAUCCGUCGGAGGAUAAUAUACGAUGGCUGGUUUAUAGUCAACUGGAUAUCGCUAGCUUUUAUAGCAUUCUAAUUGAGUUGUUACCAAACUAUGCUGACUGCUCUUUUGCUGCUUUUGCAAACGAUGACGAAGUGCGCAAAUAUUGUUUUGAUCAUGCGUUCAAAAUGUUGUAAGAAUAACCGGUUUCCAUUUUUCCACGGUGUGUAUGGUGAUUAUCGGUUUCCAUUUUGUGCUUGCCAAGAUAUAAUGGUAAAUGAAUAGUGUUAGUAAAUAUUAGUCGGGAACAUUUUUAUGCUGCUUUACUGAACUAGUUGCUACAAUGGACUAUAUGUUAUCAGAUGUAGACAUGGCCGCUUUAUUGACCGAUGGUGAAUGGAAUGAUGACCCUGUAGAGUUAGAUGCCGAAACAUUAAACGCUGCCGCGCUUCUAGCUGCUGAAGACGACUGGGUUUUUGAAGAUCCUGUGCCUCAAUGGGGUGGUAAUACCAGCGUUGUAGACAAUGUCGAUAUUCAGUGUAUAGGUCGCAAGUAUUCCCCAAAAUUCCGUGUCCACCUAAAUACUUUUAACAUUAAAUUUUCGAAUCUUGAAGAUGUUGAUGUUAGUGAUGUCCCGGAGACAAUCGUUUCUAUUCUUGAGUAUAUAUUAUUUGUUGUUUUGAACGGUGUUAAGGAUACGGAUCGCGUGCGUUUACGGAUUGAUUCUCGGCAUUUUAAUCGCCCUUUGUACACUUCGCUGACGCUUCGUUCGGAGCUCAGCGUUAAACGCUGGAUGACGGAUAUACAGCGCGUGCUGAAUAGCCACGAAGAGUUUGUUAUUGAUGACUCCUUCCAAAUCACCGCUCAACAUACGCAGCUGCCCUCCGGUCGUUGUGUGAAAGAUGUUCCCGUCCUUUUGAAGCGCCGCCUCAUGAAGAUGCAGUCCGUGGUUAUUGUUAAUGGCGAUGAUGACCUUUGCAUGGCCCGAGCACUGGUGAUGGGAAAAGCUUUGGCCGACAAGAAUUCCAAACGUUUUCGAAGCCUGCGGAAGGGUAAGCGAGAAAUCACCAAGCUAGCUAAGCUUUUGAUUUUGCGAGCGGGUUUACCGGAGCGGUCAUUCGGUCUAAGCGACAUUCCAGCAUUUGAGAAAGUUCUCAAGGGUUACCGUAUUAUUGUUGUCAGCAUUGAUCAUGCGAACGCUAUCGUGCAUAAAGGUCAAAAGCACAAAAAGCAUAUCAUUUUACUUCAUCAUGACGGUCAUUUUGAUCUUCUGAAAUCUCUUCCCGCGUUUUUCAAACGCAGUUAUUGGUGCUUUGACUGUAUGAAAGGAUACAGUAGUCGCGUCAAACACCGUUGUAAAGGAAAGUGUGCCCUGUGUUUGCGAGUUGACUGCCCUGAAGAUACGGCUAACUUUAUCACGUGUUUGGAUUGCAACCGACAGUUUCCGGGGCAGAACUGCUUCGAUCACCACAAGCUCGGCAGUGGCAAAGGUCGCCAUAAGAAACGGAUAGCACUGUGUGAUACCGUAAAGGUGUGUGUCCAGUGUCGUUGCAUAUAUUCCAACGCUCAGCGCAAACCGGACAAUCCGCAUCGCUGUGGUGAAACCAAAUGCAAAGUGUGUAGCAUUUUUGAUUUGCCAUCUGAGCAUCGUUGUUACAUGCGUCCGAAACCCUUCACAUCCGAUCGAAAAGCGCGCUGCAGUUCUGCCCAGUUUCUUUAUUUUGAUUUUGAGACGUACGUAUCAGCAUCCGGUGAACUGGUGCCCAAUUUGGCGGUGAGUUGCGACCGACCUAAUUGUCGUUGCAGUGUUUCAUGCUGUCUUUAUCAA